AUGACAUAUCCUUUUGGCGUAGCCGCGAAUCCAUGGUUGGCCUCUCCUCCAAAUCAGAACACUAGUCUUCUUGUGAUUGUUCCUGCUGGAAUCUCCGUUCUUAUUGAGUUCUGGAAAUUGAAAAAGGCUUUCAAGGUGACGUUCACACGGCGUGGAUUAAAGUUUGGAAAGCACUCAGCCGAGGAAGCGGAGACCGAUGCAUUCGAUAAUGAAGCUAUGAAAUACCUGGCAUGGCUGAUGACUCCUCUCUGCAUCGGAGGAGCCAUUUACAGCUUGAUGUAUGUACCACAUAAGUCGUGGUAUAGCUGGGUGCUUGAGUCGAUGGCAAAUGGAGUCUAUGCGUUUGGUUUCUUGUUCAUGCUUCCUCAGUUGUUUGUAAAUUAUAAGCUGAAAAGUGUGGCCCAUCUACCAUGGAGAGCCUUCACGUACAAGUCAUGCCAACGGUCGUAUCGAGUUUGCAUUGCUUUUCGCGAUGAUAUCGUGUUCCUGAUCUACCUAUACCAGCGCUAUCUUUAUCCUGUCGACUACACACGUAUCAACGAAUUUGGCCAAAAGGGUGAAGAGACAUCAGAUGAGAAAGAAGGCUGA